ACCCUGAGCCUCUUCAUUUCAACUGUAAAGUGAAUGGGCAGAACUGGUGAAUGUGAUGUCUCUGAUUUUGGACCCGAUUGGAGACUCCCUUAUCUAAACGGUGCACAGGUAGAAGCAGUGGAGGUCCACAGAGUCUUGAGGGUCCGGGUACACAGAUCAGCUCCAGACAAAGGAAAACGCUGGAAAACAGUGAAGGUCCCACCCCUGCGGAAACGCAGCUGACUUCUGAGCCGAGCACCAAACCGGAAUCCUCUACUCCAGCCAAUCAGACCAGCAAAUGCUCAGCGGUAUCGUUUCCGCUCCCUGAACCCAGAGUGCCUUAUCCCCGCUUCUCCUCUCUCAACGAGAGGGACCAGAGGAGUUAUGUGCAGUUCAUGGAAAAAUACAGGAAUUUGCACAAGGCCGGAAGGAUAUCGGCGAGAACGUUGGAGUAUCUCGCACAAUAUUCUGAGCUGAAGAAUGCUGUCUGGAAAGAAAUACCGGACUUUAUGAAAUAUCUGCAGAAUGUGGCGCGAACAUGCGCUGAAGAUUACAAUGUCAUCAGUCCUGAUGCUCUCCGCUACACUGAGGAGGUUUUAUUGGCAAGCAAUGAAAAUGUGAAGAAAUAUCCAGAACUUUACACUGUCAGUGAAAUGAUAAGCAUCAUGGGAGGGAAAUUCAUCCCAGAUCUCACCCUCCAACUGGAAAAGAAGCUCCUGUGCCUGGGCAGGGCCUUAUUUCUGCGGGUACCGAAUCAAGCUUCGUCGCACCCGGUAACAACAGAUUAUAAAACCAUCACUGCGUUUACUCCGCCCACAGAGAGGGCCUCUGCUUUUCAGUCCGAAAUUAGCAGUGAUGCGAAUGCAGAGAAGUUGAGCGCAAAGUAUGGAGCAAAGGUGUCUCUGACCAACAGAGCAUUGUUUACUCUGUUGAAUAAUUGUGGGCCAAACUAUACCGAACAAUGGGAAGUUCCAGUACAUGUGAAAACCAUCUGUGAUGAAGGAAAUAAGAUGGUGAAAGUUGUCUUCAUUGACUCACCCCUACCAAAGAAAAAUCUGACUGUGAGGGAGAAGAACCUGCUGUUUUACGAAGUUCCUCUUGACCUGUUGAUGACGAAAAAAUAUUACAUCGCUGUGUCUAGCAUGACGCUAGACAAACCUGAAAGAUCUGACAUGUUCGCGGAGAAAGACUUCCGUUCCUGUGAAGACCAAAGAAGCCUUAGCACACAUGAAAACAAGGACUUUGACCUUGCUGCUGACUUCACUGAACUGGAAACAUUUGGAUCAAUUCCCCCGGCCUCGAAAAAGCCAAAAGGCGCAGAUGCCUGUAAACGCAGCUCGAUGCCCAGCACACCCCUAUCUCCUCCUGCAGCAGAGGACGAUAAGAAGAAGGAAGUUAUAGAGGAGGAAGCAAAUUCCCUGGAGAUAACCAAAAAAAUAAUGCAGCAGAAACGGCUUAGCUUCAGGAUGUCCAAACUCAGCCAUAGCGGAGAAUCAAACACUGAAGAGACCACUGAUUGUGAGGGGGGAUUCAAAUCAGACCAGAAGAUGACUGACCCUAAGAAAGAGAGGGGAAGCGAAGGAGGCAGUGAUGCAUUGCCUGGCACAGACUCAGAUGAAGCGGCCUUUAUUAAGGGGUUUGCUUUAGAAAGGGAUGAUAACUGUGUUGACAGUGACUCUGAUGGCGAGCGACUGGUCAUCGAUACGAGUUAUACGGAAAGUAAUGUGAAAUCAGCUCAGAGUGAUUCGGGACCCAACUUGCAGAAGCUCGAUCAUCAGGAUCCCAAAGAUAUCAUUCCAGAUACCCCUCGGUCACCAUCGCCUGAACCAGAUGUGCCCAGCAGCCAAAUACAGAAAGCAACUGCCCCAGGGCGAAAAAGAAAGGCAUCAAAGCCCCUCUCGAAGGAGUCUGACCCAGUUGGGCAGAUUAUGAAAAUGCAGUGUGAACUGUUAAAACCAAGUCGCAAACGUCUGAUGGAUCAGCCACAACUAACCCAAGAACAAAACUCGCAGCGCGUAAACCCAGCUCAUGGCCAAUCGCCACCUACCGCCAAGCAGAGUUCCGCUGCAUUCAGGAACGUGCCCAGCUCUUGGUACAUGACGGCCCAGAACAGCACACGUUUCCUCUCAGAGGAGCUACAAAGCUGCAAUGAAGCAGAGUCUGAUUACACAGCUCCUCCAAGCGGCAAUGUCACCUACAAACUCUUCAGCUUGUCUGAUCUCCUCUUACUCGUACGUGGUAAUGUUCCCAAAACACAGAUCAGACCACGCUCAAACAAAGCGGUAGCAAAGAAGCACGUGCCUAUUUAUGUGUUCCCUAAACUGGAAUAUCAGCUGGCGUAUGGAAUCGAAGCCUUAACUGAAAGUGAAAUCUGUCGGUUAUGGACUGAAAGUCUCCUCAAUUCAAACGCCUGGUUUUAUAUUGGUCACAUUGAUGUCUUCACAUCAAAACUGAUUUUGAUUGACCAGUUUCCAGCAUUAUCAAUAGCAGAAAAAUUUGGAUCUUUCAACCCUUUAAAUUCAUUGAAUAUCUUGCACCAUAUACUGAAAAAAGUUUCAAGUUUACCAGAGGGCAGAUACUUGUUGAGUCAUUCCUCAGGCGACUCAUCCAUGACUAUCUAUCGCAACUCGCAAGGAGGAAAGUUCACUAGAGCAGCCUAUAACCUUCACGCUGCACACAGCACACUACCUCCCAUCCCAUCUACUCUCUCAGUGCCCUGGGUACCCCUGGAUCCCAACAUCCUGCUGCCUUACCACAUCCACCAUGGCAGAGUUCCCUGUACCUUUCCUCCUGGGUCCUCAGACGAUCUUCAAAUUCAAAAGAGAGGUGUGGCCAAAGCAAACAGAGGAAUUCCUGCUCAAAGAAAGGCGGCUGCUAUGGAAACAAAGAACCGGCCCCCACCAGCCCAGCCCAGUGGAAAUGAAGGGGUGGCACCGAGGAGAAAAAAGAAUAAAGGGAAGAGAGCAAAUCGAAAUAAGCGGUGGAAAGAAAAGAAGAAGCUGAAGAAGGCACAGAGCGUGAAGGGCCAGUGAGACUGGGGUGUGAGGCGGUGCCAGCGCUGCCUAUUAGUUACAUUCCACUCGCAGACAGGCAAAGGCAGCACACGUCCCUUCCCCUUUCUAAAGGCAUGAAACAGCUGUCAAGCAGGGCCAGCCCUCUCCUGGAAAGACUAGUGAGUGAUCUGAGGAAUUUGUCAGAGGGCCAACCUUCGAACAAUAGCAACACCGACAUACACCUCGACACCAGGUUUCCCUUACCCUUGCAAGAACCAAACACUGAUUUGUGUCCGUUCAGGCGGCUGAUUUCAAGGGGGCUUAGCACUGUUUUCACGACUAGCCGGUUGGAAAGAAAGGGCUCCGAUUUGAUGAGGAUUGUUACUGUUGCUUCAAAAUAAAAAUCAGAGCUCAUUGUCUUUGAAAGGUUUGACUCAAUAGAAAUUGUCCUGAAAUGCCGGCGGAUUGUUAAGUGAUGUUCUUUGCAAUGUGGUUUUAAUGAACAGAGAAUGGAGAAUGACUCACUCUCUGGUCAUUCGGGGUGCAGCCUCUGGACUAAUUUCAGAAACAAAAGCACUCAUUCAAGUAACUGCACAGCCCAUGUCGGGCAAGUUGUACAUGUUACGUCAAUAUUCCAAAGCAAGAGGCUGUUCAGUUCCUGUUUAAUACAUUUCUGUUAAUAUACUUUUAAUAAAAGCCAUCAAUUGGG